GAAAAACAUCUUCUACAUAGAAGAAACAUUUUUCUUCGUCCAGUUUUCGCUGUUCUACGUUUCUCCACCAGUUCAAACCAUUCAAAAUUCCACAUACUGUAUACAUUAUUCAGGACAUGUUUGACAUUACUUUCCCAAAAUUCCAGUUUUACCAGAAUUCUGCAUCCGCCCCCAGAAAAAGAUGGGCAACAAAAAAGCUCUGCAUCUUUCCCAUUCCAAAUUAAAGUUGAACUAUUUUCCACAUUCUCAAAAGUCCACACUUCUCACAAAUGAAGUCCAACAUUGAAUGGAUAUCUUACCCCUGCUGUCCACAUUUCUUGACCGAUUCAAACCAAUCUAACUUCUUCAAUCUUUCUCACAUUCCCCAAAUUUGCAAAUUUGUACAAUAAGAUUUGCCAAUUCAUAGACCUUUACCUCUUCCUUUCACAAAUUUUGACCGAGUCAACAUAUUGUAACUUGACAUCUCACAUUCUACUUUUCAACAACUCAAAUUGAUUGCGCGGCAUUUCAGUUCAUCAUCAGCUUUUCAGCAUUCACACACCAUUUCAAAAAUAGCAAUCUCUAGUAAACCUCAAAACAAAGCUGUAGUAUCUACUUGUGUUUGCAGAGAUUUGCUCUAUAUUUUGUUAGUUUUCUAAUUAUAAUUCCUUGAGGGGACAUUCAGGUUACACUCUUCUGUCAGGCACCUUGAUAGUAGUCAGGAAGCAGACUAGCUUCUCUCCUACAACUAGAUGCCAUUUUUCAUUUUUAUGUCCAUCAUAGGUCUCAAAUCAUGACCUUCUGUUUCCAUAGCCCAAGUCCUUGGAGGUGAGCUGUUCUGCUGCCCCAGAUCAGUCACGGCCACCACAUUAUUAUUAAGUAAAAAGAUCAAAAUCACAUUUGACCCGAGAUCUCUUGUACUACAGUAGUUACUUCUUUUACCAUAGACUAAUCCACCCACACACACUCAGAGUAUCAAAGGCUUUGACCUGUGCCCUGAGUAAUCCUUACUCCUGGCAGAUGCUUGACCACAGAUUUAGCAUUUAGCAGAGGAUUUAACAGCAGGACGCAAUGUACAGCUUCACUCGACUCUUGCCUGAUUCUGUGUGGAAUGCCCAGAAAGACAGCGCGAGGACAAAGGGCUCUUCCCACAGUGCCAAGUGAAGAUGCAGCUGUGCCAAAGCACAAGAAGAAGAGGGUGAAAAAGCAGGCUAGCGAAGCACUUGACACAGACGAUCAGGGAAUGGAGAUGGAUGGCCGGGGCAGCAGAAGGACUUCUCAGAUCGGUGACGAUCUUUCACUUGAAACUGCGAUAGAUGCACUCCCUCAGAGGAAGAAAAAGAAGAAAAAGACAGCAACUAUAGAUGACCAAGCUGACCUGGUGAAUGGGGACGCAGUGGAUCAGACCACUGAUGAAGAACUGGUUAAAAAGAGCAAAAAGAAAAAGAAAUCAAAAGUUGUGGAAUCGUCACUUCCUGAUGAACUGGAUGUAGAGGAGGAUGACAUUAUCACUGACAUGGCAUCUCAUAUACAACAACAUUCCCUGUUCUCUGCCCCACAAGGACAGAGUCAGCCAGUCGGAAAGGUCUUCAUAGAGCGGAACAAGCGCUUCCAGGCAGCAGAGCGGUCAAACUGGAGGAAGACCAGUGACCAGAUGGAAAACCUCAACGACUUCCAGCCCAUGCAGCCUCGCUGGACCACCAGAGAUGUUUCUAUCAGGGUGCAUGAGAGCUUCAGGAUUUUCGCUCUUUACUGUCACGGCUUCCUGGCAGGAUUUGCAGUAUGGAACAUAGUUGUGGUGUUCGUGUUAGCUGGGCAGCACCUCACAACUUUGUCCAACCUACUGGAGCAAUACAACUGCCUGGCUUACCCAUCACAGUGUCUGUUUUACAUGCUGCUGGCCAUCAGCACCGUGGCUGCUUUUGACAGAGUCAACCUAGCCAAGAGCUCCAUGGCGCUGCAGGAGUUGAUCACACUGGAACCAGUGGCUCUCGCUUCAUUUUUGUAUUUCUUAGCGUUGGUGCUCUCCCUCAGCCAACAGAUGACAAGUGAUCGCAUCAACUUCUACCCAGACACCAAUGCGACAUUAUGGUUAUCGGGUUCGGAGCAUCAAAUUCUCCAGUCUUGGGUGAGAGUCAACCUUGUGGUGGCACUGUUGGUGGGCCUGGCCUGGAUCUUCAUCGCCAUCCGACCUGAGACGGAUUAUACUGGAAGUUAUCUGAUUACCAUGCAAAUUGAGCCCCACCAGAAAGAUGACAAAUCAGAAAUGAGCGCCUGACUAUCACAGACUGAUACUAUACAACUGUCAUUUUUGCACGUUUUUGCUCUGUAUUGAUACAAAUCUGAAUGUAUUGUGCAUUUUUUUUUGUAUCCUUCAUUUGUAAAUGUGCUUGUCUUUUGAAUAUACUGUACAAUUUCAUCCAUUAAAGCUUUCUGCAUUCAAGGA